AUGGAGCCCGGGAAGACCGACCGUUUGAGGGUAGACGAGGCAGUGAGGCGGGGGAUGGUGGGCCCUGAGUUACACGAUGCCCUCCUCUCCGCUGAGCGGGCGGUGACCGGCUACAAGGACCCUUACACCGGCCGCCUCGUGCCCUUGUUCCAGGCCAUGAAAAAACAGUUGAUUGUGGCUGACUACGCCACCCGUCUCCUGGAGGCUCAGCUCUCCACCGGGGGCAUAGUGGACCCCGAGCACCGACACCGCCUGCCCCUGGAGGUGGCCUAUCAGCGUGGCUGCCUGGACAAGGAGACACAGCGGCUGCUGACAGACCCCAUCGCGGGGGUGAAGGGCUUCUCCGACCCCAACACUGAGGAGCGGCUGAGCUACAGGCAGCUGCUGGGCCAGUGUAGGCCGGGGCCUGGCCCUGGGCUGCUCCUCCUGCCCCUCAGUCAAGACAGGCCCUCGUUCCGUGGCCUGAGACGAAGGGUGACGGUGGAAGAGCUACUGGAGGCCCAGGUGAUCGGGGCAGACACGGCCGAGGAGCUAGAGAGUGGCCACACCACCCCCCAGGAGGUAAGCGGCAUCAAGGCCUACCUGCGAGGUUCAGGCUGCGUGGCUGGCCUGUACCUGGAGGCCAAGCGCAGGCCUCUGUCCAUCUACCAGGCCAUGAAUGAGGGCCUGGUGCUGCCUGGCACAGGCCUGCUCCUACUCGAGGCCCAAGCUGCUACGGGCUUCAUUGUGGAGCCACGACAGGGCCUGGAGCUGACGGUGGAGGCCGCUGUGCAGCUCAGCGUCGUGGGGCCCGAGCUCCAGGCCAAGCUGUUGGCAGCCGAAAGGGCGGUAACUGGCUACAAGGACCCCUACACUGGUCGCCUUUUCUCCCUCUUCCAGGCCCUGAGUUACGGCCUGAUAAUGCGUUCGCACGCUGUCCGCCUGCUCCAGGCCCAGCUGGCCACCGGAGGCAUCAUCGACCCCGAGCACAGUCACCGGCUGCCACUGGCGGUGGCCUUCAGCCGGGGUCUGCUGGACGAGGACAUGCACCAGAGCCUGACCCAGCCCGGCAGCCAGGCCCGAGGCUUCUUCCAUCCCGGCACCGGCGACAACCUCACCUACCAGCAACUGCUGCAGAGCUGUGUGUCCGACCCUAACACCGGGUUCCUGCUCCUGCCACUGGGUACUGGCCAGGCCGAAGCCUCUCCUCGUAUAGCCAGGCCAAGGCCUCCCACCCCCUCAUAGGAACAC